AUGAGUUUCAAAUUCUUCUUCAAUUUAUGUCUUAUUUUAUUAUGCAUAUGUGGAUUUCCGAUUGAAUCAUCUAUUGAUACUAAUGAUGGCCAUGAAUUGCACACGGUGAAUAUUCUUGAUAAUGAAACAAAUCAUUGUCAAAGUCACAUGGACUUACAACAAAUACAAACUAUGUUAAAACUACAUCCCUGUGCACUCAUUCAAAAAUCAAAUGGUAACCGACGAAUGAAACGUCAAGUUGAUGCUGGCAGUGUCGAUGUACAUGCAUUACAAACAACAAUCAAUGAUCACCGUACCAUGAUUAAUUAUUUAAUUAAUAAUUCUAUCAAUGCAACGUUCGUUUCAGAUGCGAUCAGUACCCAUUAUUCUGGUAGUGGUCCUAUAUUAACAAGUUGGCGUGAUCUAAUUGAUUUGAUUUGUAUUAUUCUAUUCAUUGGAUUUAUUGUUUAUUUUUUGCUAUCUCGUGCUGGAUUCAAUCCAUGCAAUACUUGCUGUUCAUUUUUUUGGAAAUGCUUAUUUCCAAAUAUGCAUGAGCAAAAAAAUCAACAGCAACAAUUUCAACAACAAGUACAAGAACAACAAGUAGUAUUACAGCAACUACAAACACAACUACAACAGCAAGAACAAGGACCACCACAACAAGAAAUAAUAAAGAGUCAUUCCAUUCGUCGUAAGAAACAACAUUUUCCAACAGUUCCACCAAUUUCAGGUGACAUUUUCCGGUUUGAAAAUGGAUACAUGUCCGAUUGA